AUGAAAAUACAUAUCCAAAUAUAACAAGAAGAAUUCCUCUCUUUCUUCUCCAUAUCUUCUCUGCAAUUUCCGUACCAAAACUUAAAACCCUCAAAUUUUCUAUAUUCUUUUCCCGGGAAAAUCUCUCUGAAUUUUUUUAUUCACUCUGUCACGUCUAUGUUCUUCCACGUCGUUUCUAAACUCCCAAGACAGAAUCUGUGAACUCCAUUGCUCCUUUUUCACCAAAAACUUUAUCUUCUUUUCUAAAAACAUUGUCUACCUCCCCAAAAAACUAAAAAAAAUGUUCUUCCUUCCUUUGAGUAUCUCACUUUAUUCACACGUAUAGCAUCCACAACAAAACUUAUAACCCAUUUUUCGAAUUUCUCUCGAAAAUUAAAAACUUUCUUUUUAUUUUUCUUCUUCUUCUAAAUGUUGUUUUUCCCCAUUUCCUCUAAAGUUUCUUUCUAACUUUCUCACGUUCACUCUGUUUUUUCUUUCCCGGGAAAAACACAAUUGUUCUGUUAGAAAAAUCCAUACAAAUUUCAACCUACCCUGAAAAAUCAAAGCUUUUUUCCUCUGAAAUUUCUUUCCUUUUCUUCAUCUCUUUCUCUAAAUUCCUGUUUCUUUUCCUCCGGGAAAAAAAAAGGAAUCAUUUUUCUAGGAAAAGUCGUCAACCAUGAGAGGCCUCGCGGCUUGUUACAGCGAACACGCCAUUAAAGUAACAGAUGCGUACUGUUCAGGUCCUUCAAAUCAUUCCUACAUCUCUCCGACAUUACCUCCUUCGAUCCCCGACACAGUAACUACCACUUAUAAAUCCAAUCUCCCUUCCUCCGACAAACCCGUCUCUGUUUCUCUCACCUGGUCGGACAAUCUCACCGUCGUGAUCUCAACGCCGCCGAAAUCAUACUCUGUUUCCCUUAGGAAACCCAAAGGGUCAAGAAAGUUGACUUCUUCCUCCGGUUUGCUCAACGCCGAGAUACUCUGGGAUCUAUCGGAGGCAGAGUACGAGAACGGCGGACCCGAACCAACCAGUGGAUUCUCCGUCGCCGUCGUGGUUAAUUCCGAGAUUACCCUCCGAGUCGGCGACAUUGAACACGAGAGUCUCCGGCGAGAUAAGUCAUCGUGGCGGGUCUCGAGAACAGAGAGAUACUCCGGGACUUGUUGGCUCUUGACAAAGGCUCAAUUCUCCGACGCCGGAAGUAAACACGAGAUUCAAAUCCAAUGCGGCGGCGGAGGAGGAGUAGGCGGUGGUGGUGGGGAGGAAGGGUAUUUGUGGAAAUCGAAAAGUCCUGAAACGAUGUCGGUUUGGGUGGAUAAGAGGAAAGUGUUUCAGGUGAAGAAGCUCAAGUGGAAUUUCAGAGGGAACCAGACGAUGUUCUUCGAUGGAAUGCUCAUCGACAUGAUGUGGGACUUGCACGACUGGUUUUUCAGAGAAACGGCGUCGUCUUCUUCGACUUCUUCGUCCAAAACGACGUCUUCGUCGUCCUCUUCUUCCUCCUCCUCGUCUCCUCCUUGUGCUGUGUUUAUGUUCAGGAGGAGGAGUGGAUUAGACAGCAGAUUAUGGCUUGAGGAAGACCAAGAAGAGAAUAAGAUUGGUUUAAGAGAAGCCAAACAUUCGUUUUCUCUUGUCAUUUGUGUCUCUAAAAAGUGAAAAACAAAUAAUAAAACGAAACAUUUUGUUUUG